GCCUGCCCCAGCACCACCCAGGUCAGGGAAGUCCUUGCCUGACAGUCUUACUGUAGCACCAGGGGAAGCUACGUGGUGGAGGUGGAAUGUUCUCCGGGGAAGUAGCGUGUGUCUCCUGAGGCAGAGCUGUGUCACCCUCUUUAGCCUGAGGUUCUCAAAGGCAGGGCUGUAUCCCUCUCGUGCUGGGGCUCCUCAUUAGGUUGGAAACCCUUCUGGCUCAAAGUUACUGAGCUGACCCUGGCAGAGCAAAAGCUGGAAUAAGGCCCCACAACUCCAAGGUGGGAGGGAAACUGGAGGGGGAGGUGACCUUGUCUUCCACCCUCCUCCACCCUGCCCCUCCCUGACCUCGGAGACCUCAGAGGAUAGAGCUGUUCAUCUCUCAUUAGAUCCAAGUGGCAGAGCUAUGUAUCCCCCACACUCUGGGUGCUCCCUUAGGCAGGGACUCAGUUCUCUCUUUUUGGAAGGCAGUGACCUUCUGAAAUCAGAGAAAGUGGUAGUUAGUCUGGGGUCCCUCAAAUGCUGCGCUGGCAGCAGGGGCUUCUGGGCAGGUCCUUCUUUUGCUUAGCUGCCUGUCUUCCCUAGACUACCUAUGCUCCCCCGAGGAGAAUAUCUACAAGAUCGACUUCAUCAGGUUCAAGAUUCGGGACAUGGACUCAGGCACUGUCCUCUUUGAAAUCAAGAAGCCCCCAGCCUCAGAGCGGUUGCCCAUCAGCCGGCGGGACCUGGACCCCAAUGCUGGGCGCUUUGUCCGCUACCAGUUCACACCUGCCUUCCUCCGCCUGAGGCAGGUGGGAGCCACGGUGGAGUUCACAGUGGGAGACAAGCCUGUCAACAACUUCCGCAUGAUUGAGAGGCACUACUUUCGCAACCAGCUCCUCAAAAGUUUUGACUUCCACUUUGGCUUCUGCAUCCCCAGCAGCAAGAACACCUGCGAGCACAUCUACGACUUCCCCCCUCUCUCUGAGGAGCUGAUUCUGAAGCCUCUGCAGUGGCCUGGCUCAGGCUCCUGACCUUUGCCCCAACUGGCUGGGCCUCUCUUGCAGUCAACGAGAUGAUCCGUCACCCGUAUGAAACACAGUCUGACAGUUUUUACUUCGUGGACGACCGGCUGGUG